AUGGACGAUGAACAACCCUCCAAGCGGCGGCGACGCAGUCGUCGCGCCCCGUCUGAUCGCAAGUUCGAGUGCACUCACGAGGGUUGUGGGAAAAGCUACUCACGCGCUGAGCAUCUAUACCGACACCAGUUGAACCAUGCCCCAAAACAGAUCUUUCGCUGCGACUUCCCCAACUGCUAUCGAUCCUUCGUGCGCCAGGACCUAUGUGUCCGCCAUCGCGAGCGCCAUACUACCCGCGGAUCACAGUUGCAGAAGCGCGACUCAUUCACGGCGGACAGCCAUGAUGACCUGCCGAAAUCCUUGAUCCCCGCCUCGUCCCCCUCGUCACCGUCCAUGACCGCCGCAGACUAUACAUUUAUGACUGAUGGCGCACCAAGCUCUAAGUCUCCCCCGAGCUCAAAUUACCCGCUAUCUACCAGCAUCGAAGUCGCGGGUAUCCCGGUGUCGGGCUACCCGGACCUCUCCGUGGCAUUCACCCAACCCGAAAGCAUGCUGGAUCUCGACGCCAUGUCCAAUGCAUACCCCAUAUUUGGUGGAGAGACGUAUAACCGGUCACCUUUUGCCAUGGCCGAUGACUUUGCGGCUUGGCUGUUCAGUGAACCGCUUGCGCCGCUGGGGUAUGGAAUGAUGCCAUUGGUACAGAACCAGUUCUAUGUGAACGAGCCAGCCUACCAUAACUUUUGCACCGUCAUUCCCCAGCACCCGAUGAGCGUGACCAGCAUCUUGGACUCAGGAUCGCUACCGGCUAUUAUAUCCGAAGAAAAACGGCAAGAAUUGCUUCAUUUGAUGGCGACGCGAUUCAACGAGGCAGCGUACUCGGCUGAUACCAAACGCAAAGACGCAUUGAUGGACGGAGACCUGGAUAGUGACCGGCAUGUCUUGAGCUUGCGCAUGAUGCAGACAUACAUUGGGUCUUAUUGGUACCAUUUCCAUUCACAACUGCCGAUUCUUCAUCAGCCGACCUUCGCAGCUGAUCGCACACCCAAUCUACUGUUAUUAGCUAUCAUGGCUAUUGGAGCAGCUACUUUGGAUAAGAUCCAUGGACAGGCGGCUACUGAGACAGCCGCUGAACUAGCUAGCUUUAUUGCAUGGCAUCUACGCUGGGAAAUAUUUAUGGAUGCGGAUUUCCGACCGCCAGCACGACUAUGGGUCUUCCAGUCCUUGCUACUGCUGGAGGUCUAUGAGAAGGGAUUCUCGACCCGAGCGCUGCAUGAGCGCGCCCAUAUCCACCAUGACACCACAUUGACCCUGAUGCGGCGAGGGAGUUCUCUAAUUGGACGGUCGUCGUUUGAUACCCCCGAAUCCAAAGAGGAGGAUGAGUCGUGGGCACAUUGGAUCAAAGCCGAAGCAACUCGACGAGUUGCGUUUGCUGCAUUUGUGUUAGAUUCAACCCACGCCACGAUGUUCGGACACUCAGCCAAGAUGGUAGCACAUGAGCUACGACUGCCAUUACCGUGCGAUGAGGCCUUGUGGGCUGCGACCAGCGCUGCAGAAGUCGCGCGUGUGCAAUCAAGCCUACAAUCACACGGCGUACGGCCUGUCAUGUUCCUCGACGGACUGAAACGUACCCUGAACGGUCAGCCCGUCAGAACAAACGUGUUCGGUCGGAGUAUCCUAAUAGCGGGUUUACUGAGCGUGAGUUGGCAUCUGAACCAGCGAGAUCUGCAGGUUAGCUCGCUUGGAGUCGGGCAGACUCUCGGUGGUCGUGACAAGUGGCGCACUGCGCUCCUCCGCGCAUUCGAUAACUGGCGUCGAGACUUUGAUGAGGCGUUAGGACCGUCCCCGUCAUCCGAGUCCGAGUCUCGCGAUGUACUUCAUGGUCUGGCUCACAUGGCAUCCCAUGUGGAUAUCGUAGAUCUCCAGAUCUUUGCUGGCGCCGAUCGGCUAAUGGGUCGGUCCAUCACGGCACGAGACUAUAGUACUGCGCUCGAGAAGACCGGUCGCUGGGCGACUAAAGCUUCAGCUCGUGAUGCCACCUUCUAUGCUCUGAAAUUCCUAUCAACUUGCUUCGUGGAACAGGCGUCGGGGGAGUAUGUCGCCCGCGACGACUACCUUCUGAACCGGCCCUGGGUUAUGUACUUUGCCGCGUUGGUGGUGUGGUGUUACGGGUUUGCAUUGGAUGGCCCUUUACGACCACCCCCCACACUGGCAACGUCUAUCGAACGAAGACAAGACAUGCAGUUAUUUCUGCAGCGCGUUGGUGGGGUGCGUGAACCGAACGAGCUGGAGGGGAUGAAAGGGCGAAAUGCGUGUUUGGGUCUGUUGAUGGUACUACGCGACUCAUUCGCGACUUCGCGAUGGGAAUUGUUAGGUGAAGCGGCGCGGCUGCUGGACAGCUGCAUUGCGAAACUACAAUCAUAA